GAGACAAGGCGAAAUCAAAAAAUCAAGACGAAUCGUUGCGAGGGCUUAUUUUUUUCCGUUAUUCGCUGUCAAAUAUUCAAACGAUGAAGUUGCUAACCGCUUUGUGCGCUCUCGGCCUGGCCGGCAUUGUCUUGGCUGAUGAUAGUAAAGGACCCAAAGUGACCGACAAGGUGUUCUUUGACAUCACAAUUGGCGGUGAAUCGGCGGGACGCAUUGAGAUUGGUCUAUUCGGCAAGACGGUGGAGAAGACGGUGAGGAACUUCAAGGAGUUGGCCGAGAAGCCUCAAGGAGAGGGUUACAAGGGCAGCAAGUUCCAUCGCAUCAUCAAGGACUUUAUGAUCCAGGGUGGAGAUUUCACCAAAGGCGAUGGCACUGGCGGUCGGUCCAUCUAUGGUGAACGCUUCGAAGAUGAGAACUUCAAGCUGAAGCACUAUGGCUCCGGUUGGUUGAGCAUGGCCAAUGCUGGCAAGGACACCAAUGGUUCACAAUUCUUUAUUACCACCAAGCAGACCAGCUGGUUGGAUGGUCGUCAUGUCGUCUUUGGCAAAAUUCUGUCCGGCAUGGAUGUGGUGCGCAAAAUUGAAUCGUCUGCCACCGAUGCCCGUGAUCGUCCUGUCAAGGAUGUGGUCAUUGCCAACAGCGGAUCUCUGCCAGUACCAGAACCAUUCUCCGUCUCCAAGACUGAUGCCACUGAAUAAACGUAAACACACACAGAGAUUGGAAGAACUCCAAACAGAAUUUUAAUAAUAAAUAAAAAUCAUCAAGCAAUGAAAACAAAAAGUUGAUUUUGCAUUUAAAAACCACACACAUUUUUGCUUAUUAAGAGAUUUGUUCUUUUUUUCCAUUCUUAGAUCUUACGUUUGCUCAACUAUAUUCUAUCAUAAAUAUAUAUAUUAAUAAAUACAAAUAACUACUACUUUUUGUGAUAAA